GAAGCUUCGUCCGACAACUUUUAGCAAAUCGUAUGCGCCGACGCAUUGAAUGAUGGCGCCCGAAGCUACGACCCCGAAAAAGGAUCCUCGAGCCUGGGAUGCUUUAACCCCGCCAUUAGCUGAAUGGAUACUGGAUGCUGUCUCGAGUAUGGGCUUUGCCCGAGCCACUCCCGUCCAGGCCAGCGUAUGGCCUCUCUUUGGAGGGGGGAAUAAAGACGUUGUUGUAGAAGCAGUAACUGGAAGUGGGAAAACCCUUUCAUUCCUCCUCCCCCUUGUUCACCGAAUCCUACGACAAGAUGAACCUACCAAACGACAUCACGUCGCCUCCAUCGUGGUCGCGCCUACGAAAGAACUCGCAGGUCAGAUCCACGGCGCCUUGAUGUCGCUUAUUGCCUUCCACCCUGCUUCUUCCGAGCUUCUUCCCUUUCUCUCAGGAGAGGAAAAGCGACCGGAGACUAGUUCGCCAGUAGUCGUACCCCAACUGCUCUCUGGCGGCAGCACAACGACGACCGCGCAGGACCUAAGCUUCUUCUUGCGCGCGUCACCAAAUAUCCUCAUAUCCACCCCCGGUCGUUUAGUAGAGUUGCUCUCAUCACCGCACGUGCACUGCCCACAGUCUUCAUUCGAAGUCCUAGUUCUCGAUGAGGCCGACCGGCUCCUGGAUCUAGGUUUCAAAGCGGACCUACAGAAGAUCUUGUCGCGAUUACCGAAGCAGAGGCGGACGGGGCUCUUUAGCGCCAGCGUUAGCGAAGCCGUGGGUGAAAUAAUACGGGUGGGGCUUCGCAACCCCGUCAAAAUCGCAGUCAAAGUGAAGAGCCUCAAAACCGGCGGCAUCAUCGAAGAACGGCGGACUCCAGCGAGCUUACAAAUGAGUUACCUAAGCACGCCCGCCAGCCACAAACUACCAAGUUUGGUCCAACUCCUCGAAAAGCUCGACCCGCGGCCACAGAAAAGUAUUGUCUUCUUAUCCACCUGCGCUGCUGUUGACUACUUCUCGCACAUCCUACCUGUUUUACUUCCCGAAGGCUUCGACCUCGUGCCUUUGCACGGCAAAUUCGACGCCAAAGUGCGGGAGAAGAAUUUCAGCAAAUUCCUUACCUCAGCUCAGCCCUCCGUACUCCUCACCACCGACGUCGCGGCCCGCGGCCUCGACUUCCCUCAGGUGGACCUCGUAGUCCAAAUCGACCCACCCUCCGACCCGAAAUCCUUCCUGCACCGAUGCGGCCGCGCGGGGCGUGCUGGACGCCGUGGCCUUAGCGUCAUAUUCCUUCAACCUAGCGAGGAAGACUAUAUCCCGUUCCUUGACGUACGUAAGACGCCCAUUGCACCUCUUCCCUACCCGCGCAUCAUUAUCGCAGACUCGGAAGCGCGGGAGACAGCAGAACGGAUCCGGGAGGCGGUGCGUGCGGACCGCGCAUUGCACGACAAGGCGCAGAAGGCGUUCGUGAGUUGGGUCCGCAGCUACAGCAAGCACACGGCGAGCUCGAUAUUCCGAGUCGGCGACCAGGACUGGACGGACCUAGGACACGCGUGGGGGUUACUUCGACUACCGAAAAUGCCAGAGCUGAAGAAGUUCACGGGAGAUAAAUUCCUCGGCGUAGAAAUGGACUGGGAUACCUACGCCUACGCGAAGAAAGACCGCGAGAACCAGCGGUUAGCCGCGCUGCAGAAGUACCUAGAGGAGAAGGAGGCAGGAGGGGAUAGCACAGAAGCGCAUCACGCGAAGAAGCGGCGGAAUGCAGAGGCUUGGAGCGGGAAGCACGAGAAAGAAGACCUAAGAUCGCAGCGGCGCGAUAAGAAGAAGAGGAAGCGCGAGGCGGAGCGGAAGCAGGGGCUUAACGAGGAGGAGAAGGCUAAGGAGAGGGAUCUGGAGAGCUUGCUUGAGGAGGUUAGGAGGAGGAAUAAGGAGAAGUAUGCUGCUGCAGCUGCGGCCGAUGCUGAUGCUGGCAAGGGAGAUGGUGGUGGGGAUGAAUUUAUGGGGUUUGAUUGAGGAGGAGGAUGUAGAUAUAUAUAUACCAUAUACCCGUUCAAUAUCACACUAUGGAAAUAGAGAAAACUU